AUGUCUCAAGACCCCCACCAGAUAUCUCAACUCGUCAAAACCCUAGAGACUGCAAAAGGAAAAGGCAAAGGGGGCAAGAAAAGCUUCUCGUGCAAGAAGACGACCUUUAAUGUUGCAGGUAGCAAUGGCAUCACCGUCGACUCGUGGCGUUUCAAUGAUUGGGACUAUAAACGUGACGACCUUCCAACCUAUGCCCGAGGACUCUUCACUACCAAGCGAGUUGAUGGCACACCUGAAAUUGCUGUUCGAGGGUAUGACAAGUUCUUCAACGUCAACGAAGUCCCCUCCACACAAUGGGACCAUAUCGAGAAGGACACCACUGGCCCAUAUGAGCUCAGUGUCAAGGAAAAUGGAUGCAUCAUCUUCAUCUCAGGCUUGGAAGAUGGCACGCUACUAGUCUGCAGUAAGCAUUCCACAGGUGCUCGCAGCGAUGUUGACCAGAGCCAUGCCAUGGUAGGUGAGAAAUGGGUCAAGCAUCACGUGGAGAGUGUCGGCAAGACCACCCGUGGUUUGGCCAAGACGCUGAGAGCCAUGAACGUGACUGCUGUCGGAGAAUUAUGUGACGAUGACUUUGAAGAGCAUGUUCUUGAAUAUCCUCCUGAGAUGGCCGGCCUCUACCUGCACGGGAUCAAUUUCAAUCUUCCGGAAUUUGCGACGUUAUCCGGGCCAGAAGUUCAUCAAUUUGCAGACACAUGGGGUUUCAAAAAGGCACAGUAUCUGAUGAUUAACACUCUCGAUCAAGUCAAAAGCUUCUUGCAGGAAUGUGCAGAGACGGGUUCUUGGGAUGGUCGAGACACAGAAGGAUUUGUCGUAAGAUGCAAGCUGGGAAAUAAGAAUGCCGCUCCAGAUUGGUUCUUCAAGUACAAGUUUGAGGAGCCUUAUCUCAUGUACCGACAAUGGCGAGAAGCGACCAAAGCCAUUAUAGCCGGUAAGCCACCAAGGUUCAAGAAGCACAAAAAAAUCACCGAGGAAUAUCUUCUGUACGCCCGCCGGCAGCUCGUCAAAGACCCCAAGAUAGGAAAGUUAUACAACCAGAACCACGGGAUCAUCAAGAUGAGAGAUGGCUUCCUUGCGGAGAUUGGCAAAAAAGGGUCAGAUAUUAUCGCCCAGGAGCAGGGAGAGGAGGCGGGGACUAGCGAUGGCUCAGGACCUCGCGAUAUUGUGUUGGUGCCGAUUGCAACACUCGGAUGUGGCAAGACGACUGUUGCAACCGCACUGGUAAAGCUAUUCGAUUUCGGCCAUGUGCAGAACGACAACAUUGAAGGACAGCGAGGGCGGCCACAGAAGUUUGCGUAUGCGAUCACAAGUGCAAUGGCAGCACAUCGAGUCGUCGUUGCAGACCGGAACAAUCAUCAGAAAAGAGAGAGGGAGCAAAUCAUCAAUGAUGUGUCCAACGUGGUGCCGAAUGCCCGGUUUGUCGCGCUGCACUAUGUGCAUGAACCCAAGAAUCGAAUGCUCAACGAGAUCCGCAAAGUGACUCGACAAAGAGUUCUUGAUCGAGGAGACAACCAUCAAACCAUCCGUGCCGGAAGCAAAAGUGCCGAGGAGAUUGUGGGAAUCAUGGAAGGCUUCCUCGACCGAUUCCAGGGUUGUGAUCGGCACUCAUAUCCAGACUCGGAGUUCGACGAGGUAAUCAAUCUGGAUGUGGCCGCGAGCUCGCUGGAAAAUCUCGAAACUGUGAUCACGCAUCUGUACAAUGCUUAUCCGGGCUUGCUACCAGAUGAGAUGCCUAGUCACGAGGAGAUGCAAGGGGCGAUUGACUUUUCCCUGGGAAAUCAAGUCACCAAGAAGCAUGACUUGUCAUUUCACAAACCAGCCCACGCGAACAAGGGCCAAAAGAAGCAAGAAGUUGCAGCUCAGCCUGCAAAGGAGCUGACCCCAGAACAACUGGUCGGUAAGCUGGAGUACUUUGGCAUCACGCUGUCUGUCACGAACAUCAACUCCAUUCUGGCAUCGCUCUUCGACAAGGGAGACCCUGACGAAUGCCGGAUGUACCGGUUGCUUAAGCAGUCAAGACGACUUCAGUCUGAGUUUCAUGUUACACUGAUGCAUCGGGCGUCAGCAGUGGAGAAGCCGGAGUUGUGGCAGCAGUACACCAGUGCGUACCUCGAGGCGAUUGCAAACAAGGAGACAAAGUACAAGGACCAACUUACACCGCAUAUGGGGCCAGCGAGGGUCAAACUUGAGAGAGUGAUUUGGGAUGACCGGCUGAUGGCGAUUGUGGUGCGAAUCUACCCGGGGGAAGGAGGACCUAGCUGGCAAAGUGCAAAUGCCAUUCCACACAUUACUAUCGGUACAGCUCGUGCAGAUAUCAAGCCUGUGGAAUCCAAUGCACUGCUUGCUAGGUGGCAAGAAGGAGAUACGUCAAGCUCCCGAAUAUAUGACAAGGAAGUCCCGGGGGGAGUGAUCCUGGACGGGAGUGUGAAGGCAGUUCUACGACGAUGA